AUGGCAAAUCGUCACGUGGCUUUCUCUCUCAGAAACUCCUCUCCUUCCUCUUCCUCUUCUGCUUCUUCGUCUCGGAUCGCGAAUGCUUCAAAAAAACCGGGUAAUUUAGGAACUCAUGGACCCGAUCGGAUCAAUUACGAGGAACAUCGUGUUUCCUUGAUCCCUUCUUCGCUCUCUUCAAAGGCGAUUAGCAGCCCUCGGAAGAAGCUACCCUUAAUCUCCAAAUCUCUGUUCGGUCAAAAGGCUCUGUGGCGGAAGAUCUUGUUUACUUCAACGAAGUUUAGGAGCAUCAUUCUGCUCAACGCCAUUACAAUCGUUUAUGCUAGCAAUAUCGCAGUCGUCAAAGAGGUUGAAGAGAUCAUGGAUCCUGCAGCUUUUAGCGUCGUGAGGUUCGUCGUGGCUGCGAUUCCGUUUACCCCUUUUGUUGCGCGGUCGCUGAGUGAUGCCGAAACGCGUAACUCAGGGAUUGAGCUUGGUUUCUGGGUUAGCUUAGGCUAUCUGAUGCAGGCACUUGGGCUUCUCACAUCUGAUGCUGGGCGUGCAUCGUUUAUAUCCAUUUUCACCAUAAUUGUGGUUCCGUUGCUUGAUGGUAUGCUUGGAGCUAUAAUCCCUGCACGCACUUGGUUUGGAGCUUUGAUGUCGAUAUUGGGAGUAUGGAUGCUGGAAUCUAGUGGCUCUUCUCCUUGUAUUGGUGACUUGUUGAAUUUCUUAAGUGCUGUGUUCUUCGGAGUCCAUAUGCUGAGGACAGAGCAUAUCUCACGAACUACAGCUAAGGACAAGUUCUUACCCCUUCUCGGCUAUGAGACUUGUGUCGUUGCUCUCUCUUCGAUGGUGUGGUAUUUCGCUGGGACCUGGUCUACUGUCUUCCAAGGUUAUGACCCGUCUUCAUGGACAUGGGACUCAUCUUGGGAAUGGAUGGUCGCGUUUCCAUGGAUACCUGCGCUUUACACCGGUGCUUUCUCAACCGGUGUCUGCCUCUGGAUAGAGAUGACAGCCAUGCGUGAUGUAUCUGCCGCUGACACAGCGGUGAUCUAUGGUUUGGAGCCUCUGUGGGGUGCAGGGUUUGCUUGGUUCAUCCUUGGUGAGAGGUGGGGCACGGCUGGUUGGAUCGGAGCCGCCCUUGUUCUUGAAGUCCAAGAUGGUAUCUACUUUGUCUUCUUCUUUGCCGCUUUAAUGAAUCUUGGGUUGAAUCCAAUGCAAUCAAGAGUUGAGCAGAAAAAAAGUGGGAGCUUAACCGUGCAGCUGUUUGGUUCAUCGCCACUGCCUAAAAGCACCAGAGAAAGUAAAGAGAGCAGAGAAGACUCUGAUUGUUCACCGGUUUCUGACAAACAAAAAGUGAUGGCUCAGAUGGCGAAAUCCAUGAUAGAAGUGGAGAUCAAUGUGUCAGCUGAUAAGAUUUUCCAAGCUAUCAAGGCAACUUCGCGGAGUGUACCAAAGCUGUCUCCAGAGAAAAUACUUAGCGUGGAAGAACAAUUCGGUGAUGGCUGUAAAGGCACCAAGAACUGGACUUUGUCUGUCGAUGGAAAAGUGGAGAAGAUGAAGGAGAGAGUUGAAAUAGACGAGGAGAACAAAUCAAUGACUGUGUUUGUGUUCGAUGGAGACGUGAUGGAGAAUUACAGUAGCUUCAAAUGUAACCUUCAGAUCAUACCGAAGCAUAGCGAGAUGGAGCUGGGAGUACGAGAAGCUUCACUCGGAUUCUCCUGCUCCUAA